UACUCUGGAGGAAAACCAGCAGAAACUGGAGAGCGCAGAAGAAAGUAAGGAGAAGCUGGAAGAAGACCGGAGUUGGAAAACUCUUCAACCCUAACCCUCAAAGAAGGAGCCGGAGGAGGAGAAGUGAAUUAAUCUGUUUCCUUGUGUUGAAGAUAAAGAGGAAGAGUGACGUUAUCAUCAGAGGGACGACUCAGGAAAGAUGGCAUCUUGGUUCAGCUCCUGUUGGAUUUACCUUUGGAUCAUUGUCCUGUCUGGAAGAGUCUCUGCUGAUUUGGCUUCACCGCCAAAUUACACCAUCCAUCAAACCAAGGUCAACUUUGACCAGGCCAAGGAGAAUUGUUCUCCCAAUGUCCUCACCACCCUCGCCACUGAGCAGGAGGCCACCGAAAUCCUCAGGCUCAUCUCCAGGUCAGUGCUGCCUCAGAGUGAAUUCAUCUUUUGGGUCGGGCUGAGGAAAGCCAAGAACGAGUGUGUCGUCCCUGCACUGCCACUCAGGGGAUUCAAGUGGGCGAAGGACGGCAGCGAGGAGUCGCAGGUGAGCCGCUGGAUGAAGGAGCCGCAGAGCACCUGCACAACGGUUCGCUGCGCAGCUCUGCAGGUGUCAUUUAAUCAGUCAGCAGUGACAUGGUGGGGUCUGAUCCCAGUCACCUGUAAGAACUCUUACCAGUUCAUCUGCAAACUGACAAGACGGACAGCUGAGGACAGAAGGACCACUACUACACUUGCUGCACCAGAACCACCUAAACAUGCUGUACCAGAGCCACCUAAUCCUGCUACACGAGAACCACCUAAACCUGCUACACCAGAACCACCUAAUCCUUCUACACGAGAACUACCUAAUCCUUCUACACGAGAACCACCAAAACAUGCUGCACCAGAACCACCUAAUCCUGAUACACCAGAACCACCUAAACAUGCUGCACCAGAACCCCCUAUGCCUGCUACAACAGAACCACCUAAACCUGCUACACUGGAACCACCUAAUCCUGCUACAAGAGAACCACCUACACCUGCUACACCAGAACCAUCUAAACCUCCUGCACCAAAACCUCCGAAACCUGCUGCAGUUGAACCACCUAGACCUGAUGCACCAGAAACUGGACCACCACUGGGGUCAGACCCGUGUCUGCUCCCCCUUAUACCUGACGCCCGCGCCCUUAGUCUGGACCCUGACAACAGCAGCAGGAUCCAGGUGGAGUGCUGGUCCUACAUCCCGCUGGAGCUCCACUGCUGGGGUCGUCCUGCUGUGUGGCGUUUCAUGGACAACUCCCCUGCUAACUUCACAACCAUCUGCCUACCAUGCAGUGAUGGCUUCCACAAAGACGCUUCUGCAAACUGCGUGGACAUUGAUGAGUGCAGCAGUGGCGCCCACUGCAGGCACACCUGUCUGAACACCGAGGGCUCUUACAGGUGCAUCUGCUCCGACGAGAACGGGAAACACCACGACGAGGGCUCGCCGGCAUGUACGGAUACCGUGGCAACUGCUGACAACAGCACGCUGAUGGGCAUCCUGAUUGCCGUGGCGAUCGCUGUGGUGGUGCUGGUGGUGCUAGUGGUAGUUAUCCUAGUGGCAGUGAAGUACUGCCUGAUGAGAAGGUCAAAGAAACGUGCAAUGAAGGACUUGGAGAGGAUGGCAAUGAAGAAUAAAGAUGGCAAGGGGGGUGAUGAUGUAAUGUGACUCCCAAUAUCGCGAGACCUGACGUGAGAAUCUACAUGCCGGUGUCCUGCUGCUGAAAACAAACAAUUACCUGCAACUGAAGUAAGCCAAGGAUUUAAUCUUUCUGAACAAAUCAUCACCUAUAAAAGCUGACAAACUGGAUGAUCUGGAACAGUACAGCUACAAAUUCUACGAACUCUACACCACAAAACCACAAAUUGGAUCCACCACAAGCUGCACUCCAUCUGCCAAACGCUAACGCUCACUCACUGAUUCACCCACCCAGACCGACACUUCCAGCUGUUACCCUGAGGUUAGUGACACUCUCAUAUCCAUUGAACACAAACUGUCUGCUCUUGACAACAGAAUUACCCUCAUUGAAAUAAUACACAAGGAGUUUCAGGAGUUAAACAAGGGUUCAACGAGUUCAGCCACGACCACAUCCUCACACUAACCGAAGAGAACAAACAGUAGAAAACCUCCGUACAAUCACUCACUGCUAACUUAACGACCAAUAAACAAUAAACUAUUGAAAGAGACCAUACUGGACCUGCAGUCGUGAUAGAUGCGAGACAACCUCAUCUUCUCUGGCAGCCCAGAAUCCUCCAAUCAUUCCAAACUUCGGGAUGAAUGAUCAAUUCCCACGGGAAAUCCAGGGGAGACGUAAGACUCUUUUCCCUGUAUGGAAAUAUUCAUUUAUGUUUAACGUUAUAUGGUCUGUAAUAUUGAUGGUGGCGACAAUCUACAUUAUGAGUUCUUAAAACUGUUAGUGGUGGUAAUGAUCUAUAUUAUUGAUCAUAAUGUCAUGUUGACGGUGUUGAAGAUGACAGUGUAAUGAUAAUAAUAGUAUUGUUUAUUAAUAUAUAAAUUCUUAUUAUUACUAUCAUUAUAUAAUUGUCAUUAUUAUUAUAAUCAUUAUCAUUACUGUCAUUGUCAUUACAGGUAUUUUCUCCAUUAGUAUACCACAAUAUAUUGUAUUAUUAUUAAUAAUAUGCAUGAAAUACACACAAACUAAACAGAACAUGAGCACAUCAGCAACUUUUGUUUGUUCGUCAUGUCUUGUUUUGUUUCAGUUGUUUACACUUGAUGUCUUUUCUUAGUGUUUCUGUCAUGUCUCAAUGUUUUGUACCUGCAUCACUUAAUAAAAAAAUUAAUUAAAUUAAAAAAAGGACUGGAUUUCUUCGCAACAUCCAAUGAGAAGACAGCAACAUGAGAAGGCAGAACUGUGAUUGGUGGAAGUCAUGUCAUUAUAAUCGGGUGGUGAUGAAAUGACUCAAACUUCACUAGAAGAUAUAAAAAACUUACUUUCAGAUUAAAAUGUUUUUAUAUAAAUGAAUAAGUUUGUUUCUGUGGCAGAGAAACAUCUGGAUCUAGACCUGGUCUGAUGUGGACUGCUAAGGACUCGGUUCGUCUUGUUUCACUCUCCUGAGUCUGAGAGUUAAAGGUCUUUUAAAUUAAAUUGUUUGAUUAUUUACUGGAUUAAAGACUAACAUUUACUGAUUUCAUCUGUGAGUCUGAGGAUGAUUUUUAACUUGACCUUCACUGACAUGAAAAUAAAAAGCUGACCUUCUGUUUGUUGAAAUGUUGAA